UCCCUCUCCCUCUCCCUGUUUAAAGCUAAACCCCAAAACCCCACCCCCCCUCCCUCUCCCGUUCAAGUCUCCGUUCACGGUCCUCACUCGCUCACUGCUCGCCGUCUCUGGUUCACACACUUCACUCCUCCCUGCUCACAGUCCGUCGGCUCCGGUGCAGGAGCUGAAUUAGCGAUUCCGGACCUUCCGAUUUAUCUCCUUCUUUCUCAGACAACAGCGAGUUUCGAUCAUGGAGGGUGAAGGAGCUGCUGCGGAUCCGAGGAAGCACACCAUUACUCCUAAGGCCGUCAUCCACACGAAAUUUGGGAGCAAGGCUACCUACGUAGUGGAGGAAGUGAUCGAGCAGCCUCAGAAUGGGUGCCCGGGGCUGUCGAUCCCGCAGAAGGGCCCUUGCCUCUACCAGUGCAGGUUGGAGCUCCCUGAAUUGUCUGUCGUCUCCGGGCAGUUCCGGAAGAAGAAGGACGCCGAGCAUGAUGCUGCUCAGAAGGCUCUCCACAAGCUAGGUAUCCAUCAGUCAAAGGACAAUCCCACUUUGGAGGAAGCAUGGGAGGAGUUGGUUUCUCGCAUUGGAUACUUGUUCUCAGAUGAGUUCCUGGCAUCUCAACAUCCGAUGAGUGGUCACCUUAGGGCAACUUUGAGGAGAGAAGGUGAUCUUUGUGGCUUAGUUCCCAUCACAGUCAUUGCUGCUUGUGAUGGGAAAGUGAAUAGUCUAUGCAAAUCCAUUGACCCUAAGGUGGAUUCAAACGCUUGCUUGGCUCUUUUGUUUAUCAAGUCAGCUGCUUCCAAGUUAUCUGGAUCUCUCAGCACUUCUGAUGGAGGGCUUUGGAUUAAACGGCAGAACCCGUAUCCUCAAAACAUAUUAGACUCAUCAACAAUGCAAGAAUCUUGCUCCUCAUGUGCCAUACGUGUGCAUGCUCUGUACAUUCCUAGUUCAAGGGAGGAGCUUGUUGAGCCACUCAGUUUUGAUGUUCCCCCUUCUGGGUAUUACUUGGAUAUCAUUGCACAGAAGCUGGGCCUGAGUAGCUCUUCUGAGGUUCUAAUCUCAAGGUCUAUAGGAAGGGCUUCUUCUGAGACAAGAUUGUACUACGCAGCUUCAGAAUUUUAUCAGUUGGAUGCAUCAUCGACUGUGCAAAAGGUUGAACCUUGUAGAGGUUCUCUAAAUGUGAGGGCUAGUUUCUUAUCUGGGCAAGAUAUAUUCGGCGAUGCAAUUUUGGCAGCAGUUGGUUAUGCAUGGAAAUCAAAGGAGCUUUUCGUUGAAGAUAUAUCUCUGCAAUCUUACUUCAGAAUGCUUAUGAAUAAGACACCUGCUGGAGCUUAUAAGUUGUCUCGAGGGGCAAUAAUUACAGCCGAGUUGCCUGCAGCUUUUACUACAAAAACCAACUGGAGGGGUCUACUUCCAAGGGAACUCCUGUGUACAUUCUGCCGCCAGCAUCGGCUUGCCGAACCUAAAUUCACUACUUCAAUUGUUCCGGUAAAAUCAGCUCCUGAUUUGUCUGGACCACCAAAGAAGUUGAGAAUCAUGAAAUCAGAUGAAGAGACUGAGUAUGCAGAUGUGGGUCGUCCAACUCCUGCUGUUGAGGAAUCACCAGAAUCUGGAAGCACCUUUAAGUGCGAAGUGAAAAUAUUGUCCAAGACGCAGGAGGUCAUCCUGGUUUGCUCCCCAAAGGAAUCUUUUAAGCGACAAAUUGAUUGUAUUCAAACUGCAGCAUUGAAGGUUCUCUUGUGGUUCAAUGCAUACUUUCUAGAUACGACACCCGAGACGCUGACCUUGUCUGCUGAUUCCCUUGACAUCACGUUCAAUACUGAACAUUUUCGUAGAGAAUUUAAGCUGUCUCCAUCUGUUUACAAAUACCAACAGAAAAAGAUCCCUGAAAUAGCCGGCAACAAUUGUCAUGUAAUCAUAGAAGGCCCAGACUCUGGCAUGUCUCCAUCUUCUGGGUCCUUGGCAAGUAUAAGUUAUUCGGUCUUAUUGGCAACUGUUGGUGGUCAUGUAAAGGAACUUCUUGAAAGUGCUAAUGAGUUUGAGUUCGAGAUAGGGACUGGAUCAGUUGUCUCUCAUGUUGAAGUUGCAGUCGCUCAGAUGUCUGUCGGCCAGUCUGCAUUUUUCUCUGUCGACAUCCCUGAUCAGGAGCUAAUAUUAGCUGCAUCUGAUGAUCCCACAAGGACAAUUUCCCUCCUAGACUCAAAUUCUUGCUGCUUGGAGUAUUGUGUGACAUUGUUGCACAUAACAGAACCUCUUGAAGAUAGAAUGGAGCAGGCGCUUUUUAGCCCUCCUCUAUCGAAGCAAAGGGUAGAAUAUGCAGUAUGUCAUAUCAGAGAAUCGGAUGCUACUAGUUUGGUUGAUUUUGGGUGUGGAUCUGGAAGUUUGCUGGAUUCUUUGUUGGAUUAUGCGACUGGCCUGGAAAAGAUUGUUGGUGUUGAUAUUUCAGUCAAGAGUCUUAUCCGUGCAGCAAAGGUACUUCAUUCAAAGCUGAGCAAAAAUCCGGGUUCAAUCAAGUCUUCAGCACUAUAUGAUGGUUCUAUAACUGUUUUUGAUUCUCGCCUCUGCGACUUUGACAUCGGCACUUGCCUGGAGGUGAUUGAGCAUAUGGAGGAAGAGCAGGCUCAUCUGUUCGGAGACGUCGUACUCAGUUCAUUCCGUCCAAAGACUCUGAUUGUGUCCACUCCAAACUACGAGUACAAUGUCAUACUCCAGGGAUCUGCUGUUUCGAGCCAAGAAGAGGAUGCUGAGGAGAAAUCACAGCAGGAGCGGUCCUAUAAGUUCCGCAACCACGAUCACAAGUUUGAGUGGACCAGGAAGCAGUUCGAGUCGUGGGCAUCUAAGUUAGCAGUGAAGCACAACUAUCGAGUUGAGUUCAGCGGUGUUGGUGGGUCUGGGGAUGUUGACCCCGGUUUUGCUUCUCAAAUUGCUGUUUUUAGGAGGGAGGCCCUGCAACUUCCUUCUCUUGGAGAUGGUCCGGUUGCCACUGCUGGACCGGCAUCCCACCACUGCAACAUCGUGUGGGAGUGGAACAAUGGUAGCGGCUUGCCCUAACUGUUGACAUGUUUUUGUACAGAUCCUCUCGGUGUUCACAGUUAGUCGGGUCACAGAAAGCCAAAAGACUGCAAAAAGUUACAAAAGAAACCAAUCAGUUGAGCAUCUUUGUAAGGAAAGGAUCUUACAAAACAAAAGUAAAUAAGAUCAAUUUUCCUGGCGGUUUUUUCUCCUGGUAA